AUGGAUCAUGUCCAUGAUCAUGCAGCAAUGGCAUCGACAACUAGUUCUGUGAUGAACCACGAUCAUCAUAUGAUGGAACAAAUGUCUGACACCAAUUCCAUGUCGACUGGUCAUGGACUUCAUAAUAUGAAAGAUAUGAUGAUGAUGGCCAUGACCUUUCACGGCGGCUACACCGAACAAAUCCUCUUCGAUCAGUGGAACACAAAAACAGUCGGCUCAUUUGUUGGCUCAUGGUUCGCUGUAUUUCUCGUUGCUGUACUAUACGAAGGAUUAAAGUCCGUCCGAGAUAGUUUAGCGAGACGUGAAUUGUGUGAAACAUGUUCUCCGAGUCAAAAUCGUACACAAACUAUGGGUCGUUUAUUCAGUAUGGCACACAUCGUUCAGACAUUGUUACAUAUUCUUCAAAUGACUCUUAGCUAUGGGUUGAUGUUGGUAGCGAUGACAUUCAAUACGUAUUUAUUUUUCGCCGUUGUUCUUGGUGCUGGCAUGGGACAUUUUCUUUUCGGAUGGCGUCGUUCAUCUGCUAUCGAUUAUAACGAUCAUUGUCAUUAA